AUGUCAGCAGAAAAUUCCUCAUCAAAAGCCUCACUCUUCUUGGAUUCUCCUAGGAAAUGGAACCUAUGGUACACUGUGAUACUAGAUCUUGCUGAUGAGCUUCAAGUACUGGAUCUUAUUAGUGAGGAAAGUCCCCAUAGGAUGAGUGAAAUACCUGUACCUGUUCCCCCAGAGUUCCCUACUGAACACACCAUGGAAGCAAGAGUUAAAUGGGAGAUGGAGAACAGCAAGUAUAACAAUGAUAGGAAUCUUUAUAAAGAUAAACUAGCAGGGGCGGACCGCCAGUACGAGAUACGGAAGAAGUAUCAGAACUUGCAGAAGGUGCCUAAACAGAACCUAGAUCAGUGGUUAGAUGCUUGGACCUUGAUUGAAACAGAAAUCAAGCACUCUGGUAUAGAUGGCAACUUCGAUAUAUGGGAGGACUUCUUCCUUAUCAACAUGUCUAUCGAUAAUCCGUACGCUGCUACCCGAAAGAGAGAAGUUGAGAUAGGAGGUAAGGAGAACUUCUCCUUCGCAGAUGUGGUUAAUGACUUCCGUUCCGAAUAUCGCAAGAAGGGAUACAGCAAGCCAGGACCGCUUCUGUCCAACCUUGCUACCUUUAAUGGCAGGCAAGCAGGACAAUCAAGGUCCAGAACCUGCGUUUGUGGUUCGAAGCAUUCCUGGGUCAAAUGUUACUAUCUCAACCCAAGUCAGAGACCAGAAGGAUGGAAGGAGAACGAGCAACGACAAGAGCAAGUUUACACUGGAGAUUCGACAACAAGAGUUUUGGAAUAUGGAACUGUUUGGACCUACAUGACCAAUGCUGCAGGCAAGCAGUUCAGAGUAAUCCUUAGGAACGCUGCGUACAUUCCACUAUCUCACACCAACCUAAUCGCUUGGAAACCCUGUUAUCAUAUAGGAGGAAUCUAUCUCGAUGGCAGAACGUUUAGAUUGCGAAGGAUUAGCAAUGAUUCGAUCUUCGCUCGUAUAGAAGUGUACGGCGGAUUGCUGGUUACUGAAUAUCACAGAACUAGUGAGAACACCUUAGUGCUCGCUAAUAUUGCCCCACCUAGCAAUCCAGCAGAACCUGCGAGGAUAUCCCAAUCAGAACCUACUAAGAUAUCAAAAUCAUCAAAAUCAUCAACUACUCCUUCUUACACCGCGAAGAGCUCUACUGCUUCCUCCAAGAUUUGGCAUCAACGCCUAGGACAUCCCUCGAUGAGAGCAGUUGAACAUCUGCCAAUCGAUGCCAAAGGGGUUCAGAUAUCAGAUAUCAAAGAUAUUGCAAAGAACAUUGAUAUUGAAGACAAAGAACUCUGCGAACCUUGUCAUCUUGCUAAAGCAAAGAAUCAAAUAUCUCGCCGUCCCCAUAUACGAUCUAAACUACCCUUCGAACGACUCCAUGCAGAUAUUGUACAAGGACCUUCCUACUGCUACAACGGAGAACGAUGGCUCAUACAUUUUGACUGGGUAAUUGAACUGGGCCUAGAGAUCGAAUACUCUUCGGAAUAUAUCCAUGAACAGAACGGUGCUGCUGAACGAGCAGGUGCUAUCAUAACCACUAGAGCAAGGGCUCUUAGGAUAGAAUCCUUGUUGCCCCAAUCACUGUUCCCUGAGAUAGCAACCGCUGCCGUUUACUUGCUGAAUAGGACACCUACCAAGAUACUAGGAUGGAAAUCGCCACUCCGAGCGCUAGAAGAAUAUCUUCAUAUCAACCACCACUCUUGUGCUCACUUACGUGCCUACGGAUGUCGAGCGUACGCAAAGAUCCCCAAUGAGAUCCUCAAUCGAAAUCGAUCACAGAAGCUCGAUCCCAGAGCUCAUAUUGAAUAUCUUGUCGAGUUCUUGGAUAUCGAAGUUCAAGAACCAAGGGUUGGCAAUCCUCAACAAGAGAAUAAUCUAUGCUCAGAUAUUGAUAUCUUUCAUCCUGAUGAGAUACCACCGCGUACGGAGAGUGUUGAUAAAGAUAACGAAGAUAUCAAUGAGGCGCUGGAGGCGCAACUUAUGGCAGAUAUCUUACCUACACCGGAUCCUACCUCUGAAUCUGAUUCUAACGUUUCUAUCGAAUCUGACUUCUCUAUUGAUACUCACCCGAUAUUAUCAUCUAGCAAUCAAGCAUCUAGGGCGAAUGAGAUCAGUUCUGACUUCAAUGAAUCCAAUAUAAUCGAGGGUAAGAGAACGCGCAAAGCAACCCAUCAUAUAGCAGUAUCUAUUGCUAAAGAUAAUCCAAAUCGGAUGAUCAACGCUGCCUUUGCGGAACCCCUAUCUAGAUCAGAACCUCUCAAAAUUCAUCGAUCUCAGUUACCUGACCCACCUCAACAUUGGAAUGAUAUCAACAAGCACCCCUAUCGCGAUGAAUGGAUUAAUGCUGCCAAACGGGAAUGGGACUCUAUAACCCAGCAAAAUACCUAUGAAAUAGUUAACAGACCUUCGAAAGAUACCUCAGUGAUUCCAUUACAUUGGGUGUUUACCUACAAGUUUGAUGAUGAUGGUUAUCUUGUCAAGUUCAAAGCUCGUAUCUGCGUCCGAGGUGAUUUACAACCAGUAUCUGAUCUAGAUACCAAAGCUCACACCCUAGCUGCGAGAACCUUCCGUAUCUUGCUUGCUAUUAUCAACGCCUUUGACCUUGAUGCUGAGCAAUUGAAUGGUGUCAACGCCUUUGUGAACAGCUCACUUGAUGAGCUAGUCUACGUUGAACUACCAGAUGAUGGGAAACCUUGA